UCAAUCAUCAAUUCUGUAUCCAUCUCAUUCCUACUUUUGUUAACUAAUAAAAGCAGAAGAUAGGUACAUUUUCUCUGAGUUAUCAAUUUCUCUUUAGUUAGCUUGAGUUUGUGCUAAAAACACACCAUGAUGAGGCUUGGCCUGUUCAUGGUUUUCUUAUCUUCCUUGUUAUAUGCUAUUAAUGCAUUGAACACUGAAGGGGUGGCUCUACUAUCACUCAUGAGGCAUUGGACAUUUGUGCCUCCAUCCAUAGACAUGAGUUGGAAUGCUUCUGAUUCUACUCCAUGCUCUUGGUUAGGAAUUCAUUGCGAUAAUAACCACAAUGCAGUCUUUCUUAACCUCUCUGGAUACUCAAUUUCAGGUCUAUUAGGACCUGAAAUAGCACACUUGAGUCACUUGCAAACACUUGACUUGUCCUCUAACAAUCUCUCAGGGAAAAUACCUCCUGAGUUAGGAAAUUGUAGUCUGCUUCAAUAUGUAGACCUUUCUUAUAACAAUAUUGCUGGAGAAAUACCGGAUAGUUUGAGAAACUUGCUGAAUUUAGUGUCUUUUGGCUUUAUGUACAAUAUGCUAACUGGUCAAAUUCCUGAGUUCUUGUUUCAACUUCAACACUUGGAAGAUCUUCUCUUGAACCAAAACCAUUUGUCUGGCCCCAUUCCAAUGAAUGUUGGAAACGGGACAAAAAUUUUGAGCCUGUAUCUAGAUAAUAAUCAGUUGUCAGGAAGAAUCCCCCCGUCCAUUGGAAACUGCAGUAACUUAGUGCAGUUGUAUUUGGAAGAAAACCAAUUGCAUGGAGUUCUACCUGAAAGUCUUACCAAUCUCAAAAGUGUUGUUAAGAUAGGUGUCCAAAAUAAUAGACUUGAGGGUACUAUUCCAUUAUUUGGUUCUGCCAGAUGCAAAGGUUUAUAUUAUUUGGACUUGUCAUUCAAUAAAUUUAGUGGGGUCAUACCUUCAAGUUUGGGAAAUUGCAGUGGAUUAACAGAAUUUUAUGCUCCCAACAAUAAUUUAGGAGGUAGAAUCCCAUCAUCCUUGGGUCAACUAAGUGAACUUUCUGUUCUUCGCCUUGACACCAAUCAUUUGUCUGGACAAAUACCUUUGGAACUUGGUAAUUGUAGGUCCUUAAAUGUGUUGGGGUUAAAUGAAAAUGAACUUGAGGGAGAGAUUCCAAGUGAAUUAGGAAAGCUAAGUAAAUUGCAAGAUCUUAGAUUGAAUAACAACCAUUUGAGAGGUGGAAUUCCACUGAGUCUUUGGAAAAUUUCUAGCCUUGAGAAUGUGAAUGUGCAUUACAAUAACCUUUCUGGGGAACUACCUUUGGAAUUGACAGAACUCAAACAACUGAAAAAUAUCACAUUGUAUAACAACCAAUUUACUGGGGUUAUUCCUCAAAACUUAGGAAUCAAUACCAGUUUAGUGCUGUUUGAUGUCUCAUAUAAUCACUUCACUGGCACCAUACCACCUAAUCUUUGCUUUGGACAACAAUUAGAUAGGUUACUCCUAGUUUCAAAUCAAUUUCAAGGUGGCAUACCUAUUGACAUAGGGAAAUGUACAACUCUUACUAGGUUACGUCUUGAUGUUAAUAACUUAGCAGGAACUCUACCUGAUUUUGAAAGCACUAGCAGUCUCUCCUACAUGAACAUCAGUGAGAACAAGAUCAGUGGACCAAUUCCAUCAAGUUUGGGAAAGUUCACAAAUCUUACUGAUGUUGAUUUGUCCAACAACAAAUUUUCAGGGCACAUACCGUCUGAGCUAGGGAGCCUUGUGAUUCUUCAGAGGCUGAACCUUUCUCACAACAAGUUGGAAGGUCCUUUGCCACCUGAGCUGUCAAAUUGUCACAAAAUGGCAGUGUUUGAUGCUGGAUUCAAUUCUCUCAAUGGCUCAUUGCCAUCAAGUUUGAGAAAUUGGACAAGGUUAGUUACAUUGAAUUUAAGAGAAAAUCGUUUUACUGGUGGUAUCCCAACUUUCUUAUCAGAAUUUAAGUACCUUUCUGAUCUACAUCUUGGGGGAAACAAUUUUGGAGGCCAAAUUCCUAGAACAAUUGGUGAUUUUCAGAAUCUUUUUUAUGGAUUAAAUCUAAGUGCUAAUGAGUUGACAGGUGAAAUUCCUCCAGAGAUUGGGAAACUGAAAUUGCUGCAAAGCCUGGAUAUUUCUCUUAACAAUCUGACUGGAAAAAUUGAUGUUCUUGAAGAUCUCUCUUCAUUGGUUGCACUCAAUAUUUCAUACAAUUCCUUUUAUGGUCCUCUUCCAGACAGACUAGUGAACUUGCUCAAUUCUUCUCCAUCAUCAUUCUUGGCCAAUCCUGGCUUAUGUGUUAGAUGUUUUCCAUUAUAUGGGCUUCAAUGUUCCAAAAAUAACACCUUGAAGCCAUGUGAUGAGAACAAUUCCACACAUCCAAAGGGGCUGAGUAAAGUUAAAGUUGUGAUGAUAGCACUUGGAUCCACACUAGUUGUAACAUUUCUGUUACUUGGUCUUGUUUAUGUUCUACACUACAAGCAAGAUGUCAAGAUUUUCCCUAAACAAAAUUCAUCUUUCCUCAAAAAAGUGAUGAACGUUACAGAGAACCUAAAUGAUAGGCAUAUCAUUGGAAGAGGAGCACAUGGAGUUAUCUACAAAGUUGAGUUCAGUUCAGACGAAGUUUUUGCCAUAAAGAAAGUCCCCUUUGCGGAUAACAAAGGUCAAAUCACAAGCAUGAGCAGAGAGAUUGAAACCGCUGGGAAGAUUAAGCAUCGAAAUUUGUUAACAAUAAAAAAGUUUUGGUUAAGAAAGGACUGUGGUCUAAUUCUAUACAAGUACAUGGAAAAUGGAAGUCUCCAUGAUGUUUUGCAUGAGAAGUACCCACCACCAUCUUUAGAGUGGAGUGUCCGCUAUAAGAUUGCUAUUGGAAUUGCACACGGACUUGAAUAUCUCCAUCACGAUUCUGAUCCUUUCAUAGUGCACAGAGACAUUAAACCAAAGAAUAUACUUUUGGAUUCUGAUAUGGAGCCUCAUAUUGCUGAUUUUGGCAUUGCCACACUUCUAGACCAUUCACAUACUUCAUUGCAAUCUUUAUGUGUUCCUGGUACAGUUGGGUACAUUGCUCCAGAGAAUGCUUAUUCAACAGUGAUGAGUAGGAAGUCUGAUGUGUAUAGUUAUGGAGUGGUUUUGCUAGAGCUGAUAAGCAGAAAGAUGGUGCUAGAUGAUCCUUCAUUUAUGGAAGAAACAGAUCUUGUGGGGUGGGUUAAAUCAAUGUGGGAAAACACAAGAAGCAUUAAUGGAAUUGUUGAUUCGAGCCUUGCAGAGGAAUUUUUGGCUUCAGAGGUGAGGAAGCAAGUUGAACAAGUACUUUUGGUGGCAUUGAGAUGUAUUGAGAAGCAUCCAAGUGAGAGACCAACAAUGAGAGAAGUCGUCAAGGACUUGAUUGUUGGAUGCAAAUGCAGUGAAUGAAUUCAGAAAAAUACUUAUUAGAUCUUUGUGUACAGUUGCGUUAAGUACUUGUUAAAAAAUCUUUUUAUGUUAUCCAAAACCUUAUUUUUCUUCUGGACUAUUUAAAAUCCAACAUUUAAUACCAUAAAGUAUUG